AUGGACAUGGCAUUCCUCUGCCUUGCCGCCUUGUCCGUUGAGAGCCAUCUCGACCCAUUCGUGGACGAUAUUUCAGGCUCGACUGUCGCAUCAGAGACCAUCGGGCGGUUGAUUCGCCUAGGCCUCGGCAAGAGGCAAAAAGUCCACGUCUUCUCCGCUACGGUCGGUAAAGAAAAGAAUGCCCUACACUACACUACAGGGGGCGUGGGAUAA